AUGUUCAUCUCACUUCUCUCUCUCUCUUGUAUUCAUCUUGCUUCUCUCUUUCAUGCUUAUCUCUUCUCUCUCUUUCAUGCUCACCUCGUUGUCUUCUCUUGUGCUCACCUCGCUUCUCCCUCUCUCUUGAUCACCUCUCUCUCAUGCUCACCUCUCUCAUGCCUAUCUUGCUUCUCUCUCUCUUGUUCUCACCUUGCUUCUCUCUCUCUUGCUCACCUCACUUCUCUCUCUCUCUCUUGUGUUCACCCCACUUUUCUCUCUUUCGUGCCCAGCUCGCUUUUCUCUCUCGCCCUUAUCUCACUUCUGUCUCUUUCUCUCUCAUGCUCACCUUGCUUCUCUCUCUUGUGCUCACCUUACUUCUCUCUCCCUGUCUUGUGCUUACCUCAUUUCUCUCUCUCUUGUGCUUAUCUUCUCUCUCUCUCUCUUGUGCUCAUCUCGCUUCUCUCUCUCUCUCUCUUAUGCUCAUCUCACUUCUCUCUCUCUUGUGUUCACUUCGCUUCUCUCUUUCUCUCUUGUGCUCCUCUUGCUUUUCUCUCUCAUGCUACCUUUGCUUCUUUCUUUUUUGUGCUUGUGCUCACCUCACUUCUCUUUCUCUCUCAUGCUCACCUCUCUUCUCUCUCUCUCUCUUGUACAAAUCUUGCUUCUCUCUCUCUUGUUCUCACCUCGCCUCUCUCUCUCAUGCUCAUCUUGCUCCUCUCUCUCAUCCUCAUCUCACUUCUCUCUCUCGUACUCACCUCGCUUCUCUCUCUUUCUCUCGUUCUCACCUUACCUCUCUCUUGUACUCACCUUGAUUUCUCUCUCAUGUUCACCUUGCUCUCUCUCUCUCUCUCUCAUUCUUUUCUAUUUGUUUUUAUUCUGUUGUUAUCUCUCACUUGUUUCUUAUGUUUCAGUUUUGUUGCUCACAAUUGCAGACAUUUUACAUAA